CUCCGCAGAUGUCAACAAAAGAGGAUAAGGAAGUCGAAGACAACAAAAUGUCUUUUGAAGACCUAAGAAAACGGGCUAGACAGCUCGAAAGUGAAAUAGAUAUGAAAUUGGUGUCAUUUAGCAGGAUAGCAGCAAGUUAUGGAUCCAACGUGGCUAGCAACACUAACAGCGAGACAGUGGCUCUUUUGUCCGGAGACCAAAUGUAUGAGACUAUUUCUGUGGAGCUUGAGCAACUAUUGGCAUCACUAACAGACGUAAAUGAGAGGAUGAACAAUUGUACCCAUGGGUCGAAUGUCGCAACGAUACACACCUUGCAACGACAUAGAGAUAUUCUCCAGGACUACACCCAUGAAUUCCAGCGUACCAACAAUGCCAUUACUGCAAGACGAGAACGUGAGCAGUUACUAGGUGGAGGAAGGAAUGAUGGUAAGACUCUGGCUGGAUUAUCCCGACGUGACUUGUACAUUAAGGAAGCUGAACAUUUGAACAAUUCUGAACGCAUGGUUGAUGAGCAAAUUUCUAUUGCCGUGGAAACCAGAGAUCAUCUCAAAAGCCAGCGUGAAGCUUUCAAGAUGAUACAGACCAAAGUUAAUGAUCUUUCCAAUAGAUUUCCUCUUAUCAAUACACUUAUGACUAAAAUAAAUAUCCGAAAAAGACGUGAUAGCCUUAUCCUUGGAACUGUGAUUGGACUUUGUCUAACCUUUAUGCUGUGGUGGAUGUUUUUCUAGCAACUACAUUCCAUAUGAUCAGAGAUAAAUGUGUAAUGAUAUGCAUUAAAGUUUUUUAAUAGUUGCAGCAUUGAAAUAGGCAUUGAUAAGUCUGCAUGUAUAACAUUUUAUAAUUUAAUAUACACAGUUUUAUUGUGAGCAUGAUGUAAAUUGUUAAUUGGAAAUAUUGUAUAAACUUUAUUGAGAUAGAUAUCAAUACAUAAGGGUCAAAUUCUGUACAGCGGACUUUAUGUGAAAUAUACAACUAAGAUUGAUAUACAGCAGGGUUUGAUUAACAUUUUGAGUUGUUUUUAUCAAACACUUGUCAAGUGUUUUGUAUUUUACUUUUUGUAUUCAUGUGCAUUUCCUUUGAAACUCACAUAUACAAUAGCAAAAACAUGUAUGUUUUUUUUAUUUUCUCAUAUUAAGACAUAUACAGGAAGCAGAGCUGUAAGUAUAUUUGUUAAGUGAACAGUAUCCAGAAUUUCCAGAGGGAUAGAGAGUGCACAGUAUGCUUUUCUGGUUGAUAUAUAUUUCUAGUAUUAUUAUCCAAGGAAAGUGUAUAGAGACUUACUCUUUUCUUAAUCACUGAGUUGUGAGAGGUUAGUGUGAAUUCAGAUAAAAAAUAAAUGACUUUAUGGCUGAAGAUGUUUAAGAUAAUUUUUCAUACUGAGAUGAUACUUCAAAGGCAGUAGCUGAUGAAUGCUGGUGAGGUGACUUACACCAGUGUGAUGUUUAUUGUUCUUAUGACAAAUUAAUUCUUAUUUUCUUAUUGUAAAGGUUUUUGUUUGGCAGUGAAUAAAUUAUGCACAAAAAGUUAAGGAGAUGUCAUACAUAUAGAGUGGAUUUCUCUUGUGUGAGGAAGAGUAAUGUUCAUUUUAAUCCUUUUUAUGCAAAUAUACUAUCCACUGUGAAUUUUGUUACACACAAAUGGCUCUACAAGUAUUCAACCCCCAAGGAGCCAAUAAGUAGCCCAUCACAGUCUCAUCUAAUCCCCAUUCCUUGAAUUUUCAGGGUUUUUCUUUUCUUUAAUGCUAUUAAAAGUGAUACUAUUUAUUAUCAUUAUUGACAUUACCAUUAAAAUGUUAUUAAAAUGCUAAUUGCAGUAAAAAGUAAAAUAGAAUUUUCUGAAAAUUAAGGAGAAAGGUAGACAGGUGAGUUAGGUAGGACUUGUAACUGAUUCCUUGGUGACUAAAUAUUGAAGCCAUCUAUGUGUAAAUGCAAUCAUGAAAUUAGAAUUAGAAUGGAUACGCUAUGUGUGUCAUGCCAGCCCAGUGCUUAGGGUCUGUUUUAUAACAUUUGAGACAAGUGUUUACUUAUAAUGCUAAUAUUGGAUUGCUUAUAAAGUUUUAAGAAGGGUUAUUUGUAUAAGAAAGUGCCAUUUUGAUCUUUAUAUUUAUCAUUUAUAUUUUUCUUUAGUAGCAGAAAGCAUACACUUUGUUGUUAAAUAUUGUUUAUUCUGAUACUAAAAAUUAUUUAUAUAUUUAGAAAUAUGUGUACAAAAAUACUAGAAUAUUUAUAUAUAGAAAUAUGUGUAAAAGAAUAUUAUGUAUCAGUGUGGAAAAAUGUGUAGAAGAGUAAAUCUUUCCAGUUUUAUGUGAAUAAUUCAGAUGAUGUUUCUGUUUUCCAUUAAUUUUAUUAUUGACAUUGUGCUAUAACCAUUUUGGUAAGUUUGUUAUUUGCAUGUAUGCUUAAAGUAAAACUUACUUAUAUGAACUUUGAUUGCACUCAUUCUUUUUAUGUUAUCAGUGUUUUUUAAGAAAUUCAAGUGAGUUCUAUUCUUUUUGACUUCCCUGCACCCUCUCUCCUUUCCAUUCUUAUAUCUGUUUGUUCCUUUUCUCCUCCCAAUAGAAAUAUUUUUAAAAAUGCUUUGUGCCUAGUUACUCCAGUUGACUUUCUUCUUACUUUGUCUUCCUCCUUAUGAUCAGUGUUGUAUUCUUUUACAUCUAUAUUUCAUAUGGUUUAUCAUCCAUUUUGGCUUUGUAUGUAUUCAGAAGCACCUUUGGUAUAGACAUGCAUUUGAUUCUAUUAAUUGCACAGCUUUGAAAAACAUUGCCUGUUGAAGUAUAUAAUAAAUAAAUGCAUGUGUUUAAUAAGCAUUCAGUAAUUUUGAAAUUCGAAGGAAACCAGUAAUAUUUGGUAAUUGGAUAGAAUAAUGAUCAGAUCUUAAUUCUGAAAAGAUAAAGUGAGAUGAAUUUUCAAUUAAACAUGAUAAUUGAUUAUGGAAAAGAAAUUAAUAAAAGUGGUUUUGUUGUAAAUGAUUAGUGAUAUCAAAUAGUUGUGUUGAAAAAAGGAAGAGGCAGUACAAAGGGGUUAUAUCUCACUAUUGAUAUUUGUCAAUUUUUUUAUCCAUAAAGCCUAACACAUUCACCGACCCGUCCCACACACACACAUGUUAUCCAUAAAGCCUAAUUCAAAGUCAUACAUACACAAUGUAUAACACAUGCUGAGAUGAACACAUGAAUACACACACAUAUACUAGACUACACCACACCACACCACACCACACCAUGCCACACCACACCCACCCACACCACACCACACCACACCACACCACACCACACCACAGUGUGCUAGACUACAUUACACCACACAACACUUACGAGUAGCAUACGGGGGCUAUAUACUGAUCAGUAAUUAACAGAGAUUGAACUAACUACUAUAAAUGGUAUUUUUUCUGUAUAUGUGACUGUUACAUUUUCCCUGAUUGGGCACUAUGGAAAAAUAGUUUAUUAUGCUUCAUGCUGGGUCUUGCUGAGUGGUCUUACUGAGUUUUUAUAAGGUUUCUUUGUGUUCUGUUUUAUAUCAUUUCAGUUUUGGUGAAGGGAAUGGACUUCCAGCAUAGUUAUAAGAAUGAUCUGCAAAAUCUGAAUCAUAGGCUGUUAUUGUCAUCUUUUGACCAGCCAAAUAUACUUGUUAAAAGCACUAAUGGUAUCAACCAACCUGUAUAAGUGGAUAGCAGUAUAAUUUUGUUUAUGGAGGGUGAUCAGAAAAGAGUAAGCAUUUUAUUUGAUAACUUCUGGAUACUGUUUUCUUGAGGACUUUUUCAAAGAAAUAUUUUAUUUAUUAUUACAUAUAACCUAUGUUUUUUGCUUUAUAGAUUAAAGGUAUUGUAAUUUUUUAUUAAGUGAUUCUGCUUGGUGAUCUAUUGGGGAUUUUCAAUAAUACUGUAUAUGAUAUAUGAAAUAAAUAUUUAUUUAUGUGA